AUGCAACUGCCAUUAACACCAGCAUAUGCAUUUACAGACUACCAAUCACAGGGUCAAACAAUCAGCAACACAAUUAUUGAUAUCGCACAACCACCAAGUGGAGAACUUACACCAUUCAAUGUAUAUGUUGCACUGUCACGAGGUCAUGGACGAGAAAACAUCUGCUUUCCUCGAGACUUCAAUGAAAAGCUUGUCACCACUCAUCCUAAUGAGUACCUCAGGCUUGAAGAUAAGUGUUUAUUGGAACUGAAUGAAGUAACAGAGAGGUGGUGGGAACAAAGGAGGAAGCUAAUUUUGUAA